AUGAGAGAUAAGUUAAGCAAUGACACUGAUUGGUUGGACCUCAAGGAAGACCAUGUGAUGCUGUUGAGGCGAGGCAAUUACAGGAGGCGGUUUGAAGCUCAAGCUGACCAAGUAUUCAAAAUCCUUGGCAUCAAUGUGGUGCAUGUCUAUGCGACCAAAACAAUGGGGUACCUCGAUCUGUACAAUCCGGAGGACAAUCCGGACGAUACCAAGGCACUCCAAGAAAAGUUCAAGAAAGAAGUUCUGGAAACAUUUAAAGCAAGUGCAUUUUUCUACAACUGCGACAGGUCUCGCUUCCAAAGCAUGUUGGACAAGGCGAACCAGACCUACGCCAUGGAAUUCAAGGACUAUGAUCAGAGAAACAAUAUCUCACUACGAUUGACCAGGUCGCAAAAGCGCUGA